CAAUGAGACAAAAGCAUAUUACCAGAAACUGGAAGAUACAUUAUUUGGAGAAGGCAGUUGAAUACCGAUCUCAUAAGCUUCUUUACUCUUCACUUGUGAAGUGGAUUUCUGUUGUUGAAUCCCUGUAUGAUGAAAGACAUCCAGAUUUAACUGAAAAGGUUCACACCUGCCAGAGGGUGGUAACAUUAAAGAAGAGUUUUAUAUGGUGGCUUCAGAAACUAAAAAGAAAACAGAAAGUUGCUUACUUGGAAAGUCUGGUGAUAAAACAGCAAAGAAUGCAUCAUCUAUGUGAAGUAUGGAAUUUGUGGUAUAGAAAGACUUUGUCAUCCUUACUGGAAAAUUCAGACAAGGAUAAAGCCAACAGUCACUUUAAGAUUGUGCUGAAGAAGGUGACUUUAAGUUUUUGGAAGAAUACGCUGAAAAACUUCUUUGACCAGAAAAGAAAAAAUCAUAUUGCUAUAUUGCACAGACAUUCUCAAUUAUUGGUUCACUCUAUGUGGAAAUUUAAAAAGGUAACAACUGCUUCCAAAAGAAAAACUCAGUUGUGUGUCAAAGCAUAUUUUCAUUAUCACUUCCAUCUUCAGUUGAAAAUGCUAGGUUUAUGGAAGCUAUUUAUGUGGAAAAGAGCCCAGCUGAAGAAAGUUGCAGAAAUUAAUAUAAUAAACUGUUUGAGAAAAACUGGAAGGUAA